CAGGGUUGUCCACGACCGCAUUAGUUUCAUUAUAAGGAAAAAUCACAACAUUAUAUCAGUCUGAAUUCGUACCACAUAACGGAAGGUUCUUUGUAAUUACAAAACUUAGAUUUCUAAAUGCACCAUGUCUACAACAAUUGGAAAAUCUAAUUUUAGUGUAAUUGGUAAUCACGCAAAUACAAGUGGCUUGUCAAAUAUGGCUGAAAGGUAUACCGAUGAACAGCUGGGGUCUUUGCAGCUGUUUGAAGGAUAUCCUAAACCAAUGCUGCAGUUCACAGCAGUAUGCUGCAUGCUGUUCAUGGUGAUUGGCAUCCCUGGCAACCUUGUCACAAUCUUCGCGCUGGCUAGAUGUAAAAAGGUCCGUAAUGCAACAGCGAUUUUCAUCAUAAACCUAUCGAUCUCUGACUUCUUGAACUGCUGCUUCAAUCUGCCCCUCGCGGCUUCUACCUUUUGGACGCAGUUGUGGCCUCAUGGAAGACUUCUCUGCCAGAUAUUCCCGUCUUCAAGAUAUGCUUUGGCUGCGGUGUCCCUCUUCUCUGUUGUGGCUAUCACUAUCAACAGAUAUAUUAUGAUCUCACAUCCUAGACUUUAUCCCAGGUUAUACACCACAAGAAACCUAAUAAUUAUGAUAGUUUGCAUCUGGAUAGUAUCAUGGACAUCACUUAUACCAACUUGGGUGGAAGCAUGGGGCUGUUUCGGCAUGAACCCUAAUACAUACCUAUGCGAUAUAGUACCAGACCGAAACGGAUCAUCACCAAUGACAAUGUUAUUUCUUCUCGCUUUCGUGAUACCUUGCCUGACAAUAAUUGUAUGCUACGCAAGAAUAUUCUGCAUCGUAAAGAAGGCAUCCAAGAAAUCUCGUGGUAAUGUUCAGAAUAACCGUAGAAGUGUUAUAGACGAUUCAUCUUUCGAAACCUCGACGGCUGUGGAUAAAUCGAAUCAAAGUGACAAUGAAACCGAUCGAUGUGUUCCAUCGGGACACCCUCGAGUUGAAUCUUUACGCACACACGCCUCCAAUCCUCAAACGACACCCGAAAAAAAGCCAAGUCGAACCUACCCAAAAGGCAGUAUGGCUUCAAUUGCUCAAAAUAUCCGGCAUUCAAUGUACUUAACAAAAUUACACGUAACAACAAAAAUGAAACCAACAGCAAAAGACAAAAGAUUAUUGUCAAUGAUCACUGCAAUCAUGAUCUCGUUCUUUAUUUGUCAUUUACCAAUAACGAUAAUAAAAGUUUCGACAGCAGUCUCAGCGACAUCCCCAUCAGCGUAUUUGUGGAGUUACAUUUUAAGGUUUUUCACGACGUGUAUUAACCCCGUUAUUUAUGUGGUUCUGUCGCAAGAAUAUAGAAAAGCGUACAGAAAGGUAUUUCUACCGAAAUCUUGGAACACAUGUAGGUUUUGGACAUGAUGACAUUGGUCAGAUUGAAAGGCAUCAACAAGAGAAUGCUUGAAAACAUUCAUUUAACUAGUGUGAUUCCAAGGAAAAUGUAUGGAUGUGGAGAGUUCAAUUUUAGAAUGUUGUUCGCGAUUAUGAGACACCUUGGAGCAUGAGUAAAUUGAUAGGAAUGAAACCUGAAAAUAUACAGUCGAUAUAAAAAUUAUAGGAUAUAAUAGAGUUAACAUACAUUGAAACAAAGAUAUUAUAAAAAUUACAAAAUAUUAUAAAAAAAUGUUGUGCACAAACAGUAUAAACUAUCUUUAUAAAAACAUUAUGUACAAUUGUAUUUAAAUGUAUGCA